AUGGUGGCCUGCAAGGUGGUGGGCGUGAUCUCGCGGAAAGACCUCAUAAAGGUACGCCAGCAGGGCGGGUCCCUGCAGCAGAAGGUAAAGGCGCACAUGACGUCACCCGCCAUCACCAUCACGCCGGACGCGCCGGUGGCGGACGCGGGGGCGCUCAUGCUGAAGGAGAAGAUCCGGCGGCUGCCAGUGGUGGACGCGGAGGGCAAGCCGCUGGGCAAGCCCGGCUGCAGCGGCGCGCGGCGUGCGGCUGCCGCGGUCGCUGCUGAGGCCGGCGGCGGCAGCAUCGUGUCGCGCUCCGACAUCUUCGCGCCGCUGAUGAUGGAGAAGUACAAGGCCUACCAGGACAAGGAGGUGGCCGCGGUGGUGACUGGUGCUGGCAUCACCAUGACCUGGGACAUCAAGUACUUGUAUGACGGGGAGUGCAGCAUGUGCCUCACGCUCAAGGGAGUCUUGGAGCGCCAGGACAAGAAGAAGCGCAUCCGCUUUGUCGACAUCGCAGACCUCGAUUACGACCCGAUGGCCAACAUGGGCGUGGAGUUCGAGGACGCCAUGGAGACCAUCCACGCGAUCCGCCCCGACGGCCGCGUGCUGCAGGGCACCGAUGCCCUGCGCGGCCUCUUCGACGAGGUUGGCCUCGGCUGGGUCGUCACUGUCAUGGAGCUGCCCCUGGUGGGUAAGCUGGUGGACCUGCUUUACGAGUUCCUCUCGAAAAACAGGAUCAAGAUCGGCGGCAUGAUGGACGCGCUGGUGGCGGCCAAGCGGGUGUCGAUGUCGAAGGCGGGCGUGGAGGUGUGUGGCGACGUGGACGGCGGCUGCGAGAUCGAGUGGGGGGAGAUGAGCUUGGACGGGGAGGACCAGGGGCCCGGUGCGGCAGGGGCGGCUGGGACGAGCGAGUCAGUGGAGAGGGUGUCCUCUGCGAGCGCCGUGAAGGUCGCGGUCGUCGUGCGGCCGCUGCUGCCCUUUGAGAUCCAGGCUGGCGCCAAGGACGUGGUCAGCGUCGCGCCGCCCUCAAAGAUCUCCUUGCCGCAGCGCGCCACCAACGGCGGCGCCCCCGUUGACCAGCACGACUUCACGUUUGACCGCGUGUACAGGGCGGAUGGGCCAGGUGCCAGCUCAAAGCUGAACGACGAGAUGAUCACAAACGUGCUGGAUUGCUUCUGCCAGGGCUUCAACGGCACGAUCCUGGCGUACGGCCAGACGGGCUCAGGCAAGACAUACACGAUGGGCACCGCCGCGACUGCGAAGGAGCUCGCCGCGGCCGCAGCACGGGGCGGCACCGGCGGCGGCGGCGGCGCCGCGGUGGUGGGCGUCGUGCCGCGCGCGAUCGCCCGGGUGUUCGAGUACGUCCAAAAGGCUGCGCCGCUCUACGACUGCGCGCUGACUGUGACGUACGUCGAGAUUUAUAACGAGCAGGUGCUGGACCUGCUGGCGGGUACAACGACGGCGACAGGCGCCGGCGCGGUGACGUCAGCGCACGUCACCGGCGGCGGUGCGGGCACUAGCGGCGGCGGCGGCGCGCAGCCGCCGAGCCAGGGCGGCGCGGGCGGAUUCGGCGGUGGCGGCGGCGCGGUGGCGAUCCGCGAGGGGCCCGAGGGGCAGAUCAUCCUGGAGGGCGCGACAGAGGCGCGGGUGCGCUCCAGGGAGGAGGUCGCGUCCCUGCUGGCACGCGGCAACGAGCGGCGCGCGGUGGGGUCCCACAAGCUGAACGAGGCGUCUUCCCGGUCUCACGCUGUGCUGGCGCUGGCGCUGGAGCAGCGGGCGCGGCCGGGGGCGGGGGUGCCGCGAGAGCUGCGAUAUCUCAGGUGGGCCGAGCGCCGCUUGGCGGUGGUUGGUGGCAGUUGGCGGCAGUUGGCGGCGGUUGGUGGCGGUUGGGAUUGCCUGGUAGACAGCAGGUCGAAGCUGGCGCUGGUGGAUCUGGCCGGCAGCGAACGCGCCAAGCAGACCGGCACAACCGGCACGCGCUUCCAGGAGGGGGUGGCCAUCAACAGCGGCCUCCUGGCGCUGGGCAAUGUCAUCACAGCCCUCAGCGAGCAGCAGCGCGGCAGGAGCGGCGGCGGCAAGGGCGGGGGAGGCGCCGCAGCCGCAGCAGCAGCAGCAGCCGCGCGACGGCACGUGCCUUACAGGGACAGCAAGCUGACCCGGCUGCUGCAGGACGGGCUGGGCGGCAAUAGAUAUGCGGGCCGCGCCAUGCUCAUCUCAAACAGCCUCCAGCUGAACAACGCGCUGUCACCAGAGCAAGAGGUGGCUUUCCUGCGCUCCGCCCUUGAGGCCGCGCAGGCGGAGGCCGCCGCGCUGAGGGUCGAGGUGGCGGCGCUGCAGGCGGAGAACGUCUCGCUGCGGCGGGGGUGA